AUGGGAGAUCGACGAGGAAGCGCUGAUGUCAGAGCCAGUUGUUUGCCAAAAGUGCUCAGGGCAGCCUAUUGGAUGCAAGUCCCAAUCAUCGUGUUGGAGUGCGUUGCUGAGGUGGUCCGGUUCCCAGCCUUUGACAGGUGCAUCAAAGCCUUUUGUGAGGCUUCUGGAUUCCACUAUGAAUCGGUCUUGCUCGAGCUGGGGGAUGUUUGGGUUUCUCGGAGACAUCGAUGGUGGGGUGUCCUGUCGAAAAAGAAUCUGGGGCCAUUCAAACUGUUUGAUUGGAAUGGGAUCAAGUCCACCCCAAAGAUUUCAUCGGUUUUGAAUUGCUUUGACACUGUCCCUCCCGAACAUGCAAAGCAAUUGGCUUUAACGUUGUAUGAGCUUCGUUCCAUCCAAGAGCUUGGCACCUUGGAGCGCUAUGUCAUCAACAUUGAGGAGCAGGCACCGACAGCAGUUCAUUCUUGGGGCAGUCACUUCCAUGGCUGCAGAUGCGGCUGUCGAAAUACUGGAUUGACCCUGGAGCGAUUGCAGAGAGAUGGUAUCCAUGUUCUCUUGAUCCCAGUGAGCGGGUCCACCAAGCACAUGGGCAUGGAGCUUCAACAUAUGAGAUAUCCCUCAGGGGCGGAGUGUGCAUUGUUGAAUGGGUUGUCUCCCAACUUGCAGUGGGGCCAAGAUGCUCGGCUUGGGUUGAUUCCCAUGGAAGUUCACACUGCACCUUCCAGUGGGAUUAAGGAUGGGGAGUUCCUGGGGAUUGUGAACGGAGUGGAAUACAAGAUCCCCUUCAAGGCAGGUUGCCAAAUUUGGCAUUGGAUCCAAGCCGAGAUGGCCUUUCAUCCAGCAGGUACCAAGUUUGUGUGUGUGGACAACGUUGGCCGUUUGGUCAAUCUGCAUUCGGAGCUUUGCAAUGCUACUUGGCUCCGAUUGGACAUCAUGGAAGGGGAAGGGGAUAGCAAGGUCGUUCUGCCGGCCAUGAUCAUCCAGGACCAACGACCACCAUGCAUUUUGACGCCCCAGGAUGUGGUGCAAAUGAGGAGCAAUGGACCCAUUCUGGCCCAGAAACUCCUGGAGGUGAGUGAUCCGGGCCAACCAUGGGGUGAUGAUGAGAUUGCAUGGCAUCUGGGAAAGUUGGCAGAAGAG